AUGAUCCACGAAGAGUUAUCCACUGACAUGGACAGGAUCACGCAGCUACAGGAUGCCAUUUUAGAUCUCUUAACGAUCACCUCCACUUCUGUCGAAUACAUCACCAAGCGAACCCAGUUCGAACAGACCUCCAAGUCUAUACCUACCACUUUGACCACAGCGAAUGCCGCGAGUCGGGAGGAUUACAAGGCUGCCAUAAGCGCCUUCGUCGCCGAUAUCAUCCGCCGCUCAAAAGAUAUACAACAACUUAUCGAGGAGCUUCCCAAGCCUGGGGACUCUUCCCAGCGGGCUGAGAGACUCCAGCACCUCCAAGAAGAGAUAAAGGUUGCAAACCAAGAGUAUAAGGAUGUCCUUGAGCAAUCUAAACAACUAGUAAAGGAACUCCAACUUGGUUUGGACACCACGCUAGAAACGACCCCAUCGCCCCCCUCUUCGCCCAGACCUCUUUCCACCGCCUGA